GCUGUCUAAAUCGAUGGAAAACCAAAUAACGAACAUGGAGAAUUUCUCUAACUUGAAUAAAAUAAGAAGAGUAGUUCACGAUCUUGAUCUUUUAUUCAUUUAGUAUGUUCUGCCUUUCAUAUUCAGAGAAUCCCGCAAGUAAGAAGUGAAGCAUUUUCUGAGGAAACUACUUUCAUGAGAUAGCCACCUUGUGGAUUAGAUUGAUGGUCCUCCUUCGUCUGUAUCUCGAGACACACCACAGAGGAAGGAUAGAAGAGCCACAGUCGCUGCAUCUCAUUUAAACAGCGACUAUUUAUAAGUUCUGCAAAUUGAUGCAUGUCCUUCUCCGUCUGAUAAUGAUAGGGACCUUUCAUAUAGUGCCCCACAUUUUCAGCCUUUUUGUAAGAAACAUAAUGCCACCAAAUGGCGUCUAACUUGGUAAACUUAGCAAGUAUAUAAAUAGAACGUGGCCAAUGCUAUGAAAGAAUUGAGAGGGUUCGCCAUACGGAUGUGAUGCUGUGGCCAGUUGUUGAGACUUUUCUUCGGUUGAAUUACAGCACUACUAACUUUUACUGUACUUCAUCUAGCCAUAGGAUGCGCAGGAGAAGAAAAAAGUGUAUUGAUUUUGUUAUCGUCCGAUUUAUUGCUUUAGCGCUCUCAUCUAGAACCCUUCUGCAAGUGAUAGCGUUACAAUGUAAGCAUACAACUACAUGCCAAAGUAUCCAGCUGCGUCAAUCUAUUAUAGACAUGCCAAUAAUAAUAAACAAGUGGCGCUUCGUUCAUGGUAAUUAGUACGAGCGUGCAUUGUGAUAGCUUUUCUUACUCAUGAUUAUUUUAUAUUACUUGAGUACGGUACUACAGACUUACUAACUUGUCUCUUAACGGUUUUGGUUGAGCAUCGUAUUCGUUGUUUGUUGCCAUGCAAUCAAAUGCUUCAAGGUAUUAGGUAAUUUUUAGAGGGGCACACAGUCAAAAGAUAGACGUGUGAGUUGAAUUCGUCACGGAGUAUAUUUUUGCGACAAGAAUGAAAGCACUUGCUUCCACAUAGAGUAAGGCGCGUAGGAGCGUACUAGUCAUUUUUCCAUGGAUAUGAAACGCUUCGUGAUGUUCAUUCCCUAUGAAACGGAACGAAAACAGUUGGCGAGAGCAGCAUACUAGUAUAGUACUAAUCGCAUACAAAACCAAACAUGAAACAGCUUUUUUGCAAUCUUCCCAUG